CCCUGACUCACUGACUCGGGAACAGACUGUGAUGUCAUGGUGAUGUCAAUGCUUGCAAUUGUCAGCUCCACUCACUGCUGUUAUUCUCAGAGUGGAGGACAAGCAUGGCAGUGACCGGGGACGAGUCAGAAACAGGCUCCAGUGGAGGUGAGCUCCUUGGCAGCGACUUACACACCAGCAGCAGCGCCACCCUGGGCCUCACCCUGGCACACCCCGCCCGCACACCUACGGAGGACGCCUCGCAGAAGAGGGAACAUCGCUUGAUGAAGAACAGGGAAGCCGCCCGGGAGUGUCGUCGGAAGAAGAAGGAGUACGUUAAAUGUCUGGAGAAUCGUGUGGCGGUGCUGGAGAGUCAGAACCAGACUCUGAUGGAGGAGCUCAAAGGCUUGAAAGACAUUUACCAACAAAAACUUUGAAGGAUUUGUUUUCUUCCAAAGUUGGAAAAUAGGAAGACAAAAGAAGGAACAUUUCCAUUUGUGUCGUGAGCAGUUCUUACACUCAUGUAAACAUUACACUGCCCACUUCCUGUUGGUGAACAGACUGUAUCAUGUAAACAUUACACUGCCCACUUCCUGUUGGUAAACAGACUAUCAUGUAAACAUUACACUGUCCACUUCCUGUUGGUAAACAGACUAUCAUGUAAACAUUACACUGCCUACUUCCUGUUGGUGAACAGACUAUCA